AUGUCUCUCGGCAAGAAGGUCACUCUCAACACCGGUGCUCAGAUCCCCCAGCUGGGCUUUGGUACCUGGCAGUCCGCCCCCGGUCAGGUCGGCGAGGCCGUCUACGAGGCCCUGAAGGCCGGUUACCGCCACCUGGAUCUCGCCACUAUCUACCAGAACCAGCGUGAGGUCGCCGCCGGUAUCAAGCGCGCUUUCCAGGAUGUCCCCGGUCUGAAGCGUGAGGACCUCUUCAUUACCUCCAAGCUGUGGAACAGCCAGCACCGCCCCGAGGUUGUCGAGGCCUCCCUGGAUGCCUGCCUUGCUGAGCUUGAGCUCGAGUACCUGGAUCUCUACCUGGUCCACUGGCCCGUCGCCUUCCAGAAGGGCGAGUCUUACUUCCCCCUCGUUGAGGGCAGCACUGUUGAGGGUGGUGAUGUGAUCAUUGACGAUGGUGUUUCCAUCGUUGACACCUGGAAGGCCAUGACCCAGCUUCCCAAGACCAAGGCCCGCGCCGUCGGUGUCUCCAACCACACUAUCCCCCACCUCGAGGCUAUCAUCAACGGCACUGGUGUUGUCCCCGCUGCCAACCAGAUCGAGCGUCACCCCGUUCUGCAGAGCAACGACCUGAUUGAGUACUGCCAGAAGAAGGGCAUCCACGUUACUGCCUACUCCGCCUUCGGUAACAACAUGCUCAACAUCCCUCUCCUCAUCACCCGCCCCGAGGUCAAGGAGGUCGCCGAGGCCGUUGCCAAGCGUACCGGCCAGGAGGUCACCCCUGCUCACGUUAUCCUCGCCUGGUCCCAGGUCGGCGGUCACAGUGUCAUCCCCAAGUCUGUGACCCCGUCGCGCAUUCGCGACAACUUCAAGGAGGUCGAGCUCACCGCCGAGGAGGUCGAGAAGGUCAGCGCUCUGGGCAAUGACCGCAAGCGUUACAACACUCCUUACACUGCCAACAAGCCUCGUUGGAACAUCAACAUCUUCGGCGAGCCCGAGGAGGCUCCUGCUGGCCACAAGGUCAUUGUUUAA